GGCCGCCGCGGGCGAGAGCGGACGAGUCCCCGCCCCGCCACUUCCGGUCCCGCCGCCCGGAGCCGGUGCGGCUGUGAGGGGCCGUGUGUCGCCGCCGCGGGCCGGCCGGGCAUGGUGUUGGGUGCCGGGCCCGCCUCGCCUGUCUCGGGGUGCCCAGGGUAAAGGUAGCAGUAAUGCUGACGUUGGCAAGCAAACUGAAGCGGGAGGACGGUCUCAAAGGGUCCCGGAUGUCAGCCACGGCCUCCGACUCCACUCGGAGGGUAUCUGUGAGAGACAGGCUGCUUGUUAAAGAAGUUGCGGAGCUUGAAGCUAAUUUACCAUGUACAUGUAAGGUGCAUUUUCCUGAUCCAAACAAGCUUCACUGCUUUCAGCUAACUGUAACCCCAGAUGUAGACACUGAGGACUGCUUGUUCAGACAGGCCUGGAAGGGAAGGAUUUUUUUGUUUUGUUUUGUGUUUUCGAUAGAUGAGGGUUACUACCAGGGUGGAAAAUUUCAGUUUGAAACUGAAGUUCCUGAUGCGUACAACAUGGUGCCUCCCAAAGUGAAAUGCCUGACGAGGAUCUGGCACCCCAACAUCACAGAGACAGGCGAAAUAUGUCUAAGUUUACUGAGAGAACAUUCGAUUGACGGCACCGGCUGGGCUCCCACAAGGACAUUAAAGGAUGUUGUUUGGGGAUUAAACUCUUUGUUUACUGAUCUUUUGAAUUUUGACGAUCCGCUGAAUAUUGAAGCUGCAGAACAUCAUUUGAGGGACAAGGAGGACUUCCGGAAUAAAGUGGAAGACUACAUUAAGCGUUAUGCCAGAUGAUACGAGGAGGAGACGGUGGGGCUGCGGACUGUGUGUUGUAGGCUUGUCUCCAACCUCAACCAAGAGGGAGCCCCCCUCCCCAGUCCUCGCUCCCCUCAGACCCACAGGGUCAUCCACAUCCUGUGACCAUGCUGUCCCGAGGAAGAACCUCUUCACGGCUGCCCAUUGUAGAUGGAGAGUCCCACAUAAAUACAGCAAGAAAAUGUGUUUGGGGUUCUAAAGAGUUGUCUGCUUCCCUUAACAUGUUUACUUUUUGGAAACUGUACUGUAUAGGCUAUUGAUGAGAUUCCUGAGAAGUUGUAAUGAACUCAGAAUUGAGGCUAGCGCUUGCUUCUUCCCCUUUUCCCAAACAAAAUCCUUCCCCGCACAAGUGAUGCUGAUGAUGUGCUCAGUGUAGCUCGCAGAGGAGCGAUAAGAAACCCGCUACAUACUGUGAUUGGAUGCCAAUUCUCUUAUCUCCUCACACGGAUGUUGGCCCUGCCUAGAUGUCGUGAAGCUUCCCAGAAUGCGUAGUCAUUCACUGUAGAUCUCUUACUGAAAUGCGUAUUUUAUUUAAUGUAAGUAUAUUUUGGAACAGAUUUGUAAUUUGUACAAUUUAAUGCUUUAAUUAUUUUUUUCUAUUCUCAUUUAGUUUGUAUUUUCAUUGUAUAGAGCAGACAGAAAGAUGUUGGGUCAAGCAACUAUUGAAGAGAAAUACAAAGAAAACAUGAAA